CAGUUGCCUUACUGAAGAAACGUUUAAUACAAUGAAGCACGAAUGCUCAAAUUGCCAUGUUUGGAGUAAUUGUUACAGGAAACUUACUCCUAAACUGUAUGAUUAUGCAGCGGAAAGGAGAAUAAAAUUGGAUAAAAGCUGUUCCCACAUUUGUAAUACCUGCUAUUGCCGACUUUAUCGCAUUAUCAAGAAAGGAAACGAGCCAGCAGCUCCAAGUGCAGUUAAUAUAGAAUGUGAAAAUCAAGAACUCACCGUUUCUGAACCAUCGAAACUUGAUGAUCUCGCCGUUGCCGGACCAUCAGACACCAAUAAUUUCGCCGUGGCGGGACCAUCUAGAGUGAACAAUUUCGCCGCACCAGCAAACAUCAAUAAUGGUGGUUUCGAAAUAAUCGAUCCCAAUGCCGCUGGAUCAUCGGAAAUUGACGCUGUUCCUAGUGUUGAAUCUUUGUUUUCUUUGGAAUCAACGAGUGCUGAAUCAAUUGGUAGCGCUGGUGCCCAGAAACCCGGAGACGGUCAGGAAAUUCUUCAACAAAUGAAGGCAAAAUUUGAUGAAAUAUCUGACAGAAACGAUCGAUAUAGGAUUCUAACUUCCUUCCCAAAUUCUGGACUGCAUACAAAAUGA